UUGAAGUCAUAUCAUCAGCAUUUGAAGAUAUGUUCCCAAGUCUACGUAAGCGGCGAUGGCUUCCAACAGCUCUGAUCCUCUUAAGCAGUUUCCCUUUUGCCAUCAUCUAUCUUUUACAGGGUGGGAUAUACAUAGUAACACUGGUGGAAUGGUACGCCUAUUUCCCUUCCACAGCGCUCUUUGCCUUGACGGAAUGCAUAGUGAUGGGAUGGAUCUACGGCACAACGAGACUUCAAGCGGACGUCCAGCUGAUGUGGGGGAAGAAGAUCCCUGAGCUUUUCAUCAUGUUAAUCAAAUUUGCAUCGCCAUUACUCCUUGUGAUUACCUUCGGCUACUCCCUCUACUCCUACCGACCUCCUAAGUACGAGGACUACACCUUUCCUGCUUGGGCCACCGCCGUCGGCUGGAUGAUAUCCUGUGCCUCCAUUAUUCCCUUACCUGCCCUCUUCAUCUGGGCAGUUUGGCGGACUCCAGGAAACACUCUCAUUGAGAAAAUUAGACAGUCGCUGCAGCCAAACAAACAUUGGGGUGAGCAAGCUCUGGAUGCAGCCUCCAACGAAGUUCUACGCACUUAGAAGACAUCAACUUUAACCAUCGCAAAAACAAAAAGAUUAUAGAUUCAUCAAAGACCUGGUGAAGUCAUGCCAGACCUUUGAUGGUAGACAUUCAGAGGAAUAUAUUAAAUAUGGCACAUUGCUUCUCCAAUUGCUUGAUGUCCUAUGCUAUGACCUUUAGACCUUCUUACUCAAUGGCACGUAUUUGAAUGACAGUUGUGCGAAUAAGGGUGCUGCCAAAAGAGCAGAACAUGCUUAUCCUGGCGUCAUCACUGAUUUUCAGUGAUCCAUUCACAAAAGACUUAAUGCUCUUUUGACUUUUACGCAAAUCUGUUUCAGCAAAUAUUUGAGACCGAUUAUAUUCUGGCAUUGACGUUUUUAAUUUAAGUCAUGUGCAUUAUUCCCAUGCAGUAUGUAUAUGACACAAUUCAGCACAGACAGCCAGAAAGACGAGUAUGUUUAUUCAGAAUUAUUAGUUGGGUGGCCCAGAGAACAUUAACUGAUAAUAGCAUUUCUGUACUUGGUUUCAGACGUUUUGACAGUUAUCUUCCGAUAGCAUACCAUCAGAUCCAGAUGAAUACGCAAAUGAACGCAAAAUUGUAAAAACGUGACGACUAUCUCCUUUUUUGUAUAAAUGAUACCCUAAUCACCUGAUGUAACCAUACACCAUACACAUAAGAGCAAACAUCAAUAAAGGUGGCAUUAAAUCCAUAUUUUGGAAGAGUGUUGUAUAUUAACGGAAAAAUGUAACUGUGCUUUAUAUGACGUGUAGUAAAUGAAAAUGAAAAUAACAACAUAUCAUUUAGUCAUUCGUCUGAUCAAUGUUGUAUCAAAAACAUACCUGGUAAUACGAGGCAGAGAGACACGCGGUAAAAGAGGUAUGGAAUGAACAAUGUCAAUACUGGCUGUGACCACCAUUUGCAUUGAUACAGGCGAGGCAAGGGCGGCGAUUUCGCCCCGGAAGAGAACGCCAUUCUAACUGCCAUUAACCAAAAUGCUGUUCACAUGAAACCUGGACUUAUCUGUGAACCCGUACCUGGUUGCGUACGGUUCUGCCUCUGGUUGUUCUGAACCCAGGAAUCGUCCGAACUGUUAAUGUGGCAGUUUGGUAUCGAUUUCGCUGAUGCCACAGCCGAAUAUGGAUGUCUUCUUGACGUGACGUCACACGUGGACGAGUUACAAGUCAUCAGUGUUGCCCUGUUGUAGAUGAAGUCUCCAAAGAGACAAAAUUAUGUUUUGAUAAUGUCUGGCAACUUCGUUUUGUGCCAUUCCUGUUCGCAGAAUACCGACAAUGCACAUACCUUUAUUUUCAGCAAACCGUGUCAUUGCCAAAACGAUAUUUACGGUCAGACAACAUUGUUUUUAUGAGCACCUGAUAGCUAAACAUUCAUUGUGCGUUGUUCACAUUAAUGAACUGCAUAUGUCCGUAUAUGCAUCCACCAAACACACAAACAUCCAAAUUAACAUGCAUGUACAAAUUGUGAAUCACGACCUGUUGGUCGAGAAGAUGUCCUCGUGAUUAUAUAUGCAUUAUUUAAUCUCAGAAUACAUUUAUUUUUAUUGAUCUUAAUAUGAAGCACAGUUAAUUAUUUCCGUUAGUAUAUAAACAAAAAGUCAACAUAUAAGUUUAUAAAACCCUACGUGGGGUAGCAGCCAAGACGAUUUUACAGGAAGGUUCUCUUAGCAAUUGGUCACACGCCACUUUCAGCCAGAGGUGACGUGGUGUUGUCUCUGUGAUGAUGAAUUCACGUUUCAAGGACAUUGAUAUAUUGUUCUGUUGCAACAUACGUUGGUUUUUUUAUUGUUGUUAUUUUACUGUCCUUUCUCUCGACAAGUGUUUACCUCCAACCUGCUACUAUGGCUUAAUUUUAACUUACUCACUCACUUGAUUUUGCUGGUGUCAUCCACUCGGCCUGUCUUCCUCCUCCCUUCAUGAUGUAUCUCAAACUGAACAAGUGUGUGAAACACGAACUCGUCAUCUUCGUAGUAGGUAGCACAUGGUGCCUAUAUAGCAUUGGUGAUUUGGGUUUAAUAUCUUCAUUAUAUUUGUUAUUUCAUUUAAACAAAGGGGAAAUAUAUAAAGUUCUAUAUUUGUUUCGCUAAACUUAUGAUACUUCACCACUCACUGAUGUCAAACACUUGGACAGUGACAUUGUCAAUCUCAUUAAAAUCAUGAUGAAAGGUCGUUCUGACGUGGCACAUCGUGGCUGGUCGGUAUUAGUUCAAAGUGAUGCCAUGCUUCGAGAAUGCUGCUGCAUUAUUUCAUGGUCUUAUCAAUGACAUGACUAAUAGUGUCCGGGUGUUGAAACCUACAUCCUAAUUCAAUCAUGAAAUGACUUGGAAAGAUAUGAAAAUGAUCUUUGUGUUAGCUUAAAGUGUAUUUACGCUCUCCGGCCGCGUCAUAC